GUCACUGUUUUGGUCCUGUCAGGGCUCGGGCGUCGUGGUGUUUGGGCUGUCGCCACCGAGAGGACUUCGCUGGGGCCGUCUCUGGGGACAGCCGCUCUCCGGCCUCGCUGCCAGCCUGCGCUUCCCGAGUCGCGGGCCGCACCGUGAGGCGCGUGUGCGGGUUGGCGCCGCGAGGCCUGGGUACAGCCGCAGCCGCCGCGUCUGUCGCCGGCUCGGAGGGGCCGCGAGAUGCAGCCUCCCGGCCCGCCCCCGGCGUAUUCUCCCACCAACGGAGACUUCACCUUUGUCUCCUCAGCUGACGCGGAAGAUCUCAGUGGUUCAAUAACAUCUCCUGAUGUCAAAUUAAACCUUGGUGGAGAUUUUAUCAAAGAAUCUACAGCUACUACUUUUCUGAGACAAAGAGGAUAUGGCUGGCUUUUGGAAGUUGAAGAUGAUGACCCUGAAGAUAACAAGCCACUCUUGGAGGAAUUGGAUAUCGAUCUAAAGGAUAUUUACUAUAAAAUCCGAUGUGUUUUGAUGCCAAUGCCAUCGCUUGGUUUUAAUAGACAAGUGGUGAGAGACAAUCCUGACUUUUGGGGUCCUCUGGCUGUUGUUCUUUUCUUUUCCAUGAUAUCAUUAUAUGGACAAUUUAGGGUGGUCUCAUGGAUUAUAACCAUUUGGAUAUUUGGUUCACUAACAAUUUUCUUACUGGCCAGAGUUCUUGGUGGAGAAGUAAGUAGUUAAUUUUGAAAACAGCCUUUG